CGAACACCAGUGACACUCAACUAUUUUCAAUUGCGUUCUUAUCGUUAUUGUUAUUACGUUUAGCAAGUCUUGGGAAAAAGAUUCUUAAUGUUUCUGCGUUUGUUGCUUUAAUAAAAACAUGGCUGUUAAAGAGAAACAAGCGGAUUCUGCGGAAGAAAUCGAAUGGAAUGUAGAAAAUGAAAUCCAGUUGUUCUUUGCGAUGAAUGGCCACAAGCCAGUUGGUGUAAAUAAAUACUUUCACAUGGUUUGCAUUUGGGAGAAAUUUCGUGCUGCAAUUCAUAAAGAUGUGUCCUUGAAAGCUAUUUGGGAUCAUCUAAAGUCAAUGUAUGAUUUGAUGACUUUGGAUGAUAUGGAAGAUGUGCCUUUUCCAAGUAAUGAAACAGAUUUUCUUUUACCUGAAAGCGAAUUUUCAGAACUAAUGAAAUCUCGUAAAAAAGAAGAUACUGAUCAAAAACCAAAAGAAAUAAAAGAGAAGGUUAAAGAAAUUAAGAAAGAAAAAGAGGUUAAAGAAGUAGUGAAAAAAGAAAUUACUCUUCGUGAUACGAAGACUGUGAAAGAGGUAGAAAGGAAAAAAGAAGAGAUCAAAAAAGUGGUAAAAGAACCUGAAUUGAAGAAAGAAAAUAAACAAAGAGAAACAAAAGAAAUUAAGAAAGAACAGAAAGCUACAAAAGGACGCCUUAAAGGAAAGGAGGAACCAGAGGAUACUGGUCCGCCGGUGAAAAAAGAACGCAAGGAUUCUGAACCAAAUCGUGAAAGCUUGAAGAGGGCACUAAAGAGACCAACAAGACAAAGCAUCGAUAGCACAUCAAAGGCUUCACCAAGUCCUAGAGAUACUCCUCCCCCAAAACGUAGAAGAAUAUAACCCUAUUCUUUCAAUAAUCAAGAAAUUUAUAUAAUGCAUUAUUUAAUUUCGGUUCCUACAGUUCUUCAAUUGUUUCUUAUAUAAAAAGCUAAUGCACUGUUAUUAUUACUGUGAAUAUUGUCAUUACAUACCUUCAUCAUACAAAAAUGUAAGUUAUAUUGU